AUGAUGGUACUAGGACUUGUUGGAAAGGUGGAUUUCACUGUUAGGCACCUCUCAUCAGCCACCACUGCCUUCCCAAGUACAUGGGGCUUCUCUAGCAGUCAACAAUGUAUUGGCGGUAGCGGUGCACACCAGUGUUCUGCAUAUAUUGCUAGUGCUUCAUCGGAAACUACAUGGACAAUGCGCUCUACAUUCCCGGAAUAUGUUGUUGCAUUGGCUACAAUUGUCGGAUCAGUACUGUUCGCUAUAUUUGGUGGUGUUGGCAUUGCUUGUCUGCCGUUGGGACUUAUAUUUUCAUUUAUUAGGCGUCCAAAGGCUGUUAUCACUCGGUCACAAUAUAUCAAGGAGGCAACCGAACUUGGUAAAAAAGCAAGAGAAUUAAAGAAAGCAGCUGAUGCACUCCAUCAGGAAGAAAGGGGUGGGAACAAGGGAAGAAAAUGGCGUAAAAAUGUGAAGGCAGUGGAAAAGUUGACAGCUUUUAAGAAUAUUACCCCAGAUUCUGAUGCAGCCAUGAAAUUGAUAAAAAGUGUGAUUCAGUUCUGCGCCACUGCAUUUGCAUACUAUGCCCAAGCUACUGCUGCUCAAGAAAUAUUUGGGCACACCUUGCAAUCCCUUCGUGGAAUAAAAUAUUUGUACAAGUACAAUGUGUUUCAAAUUGCAUUCAUUACUCUAGCAGGGCUGACAUUCGUGUAUUAUGCAGCUUUUGGAUGGAGAAGAAAAAAGCCGAGUGGCAGAUUCCAGCUUUCCACUUGA